AUGCGGUUCCAUGCUCGGAAUGGGUACUCUACAACAGCCGUCCUGGUGCUCUGUGCCAUAGCUUUCUUCACAGGGAUAAUGGUGCAGCAGUACCCAGGCUUGCCCAGCGCCGGACGAGGGCCUUUCCAGUUGCUCAGCAUCUACCCCCGGGCCUACAUCUUCCCAAAAUUCUUAAGCGAGGCAGAGGCCGACAAAAUGGUGGAGCUGGCGGCCAGCAGACUGGCACCUUCAGGGCUGGCCCUCAAGAGGGGCGAUGACCCCAACCAACAGAAGGAUGUAAGGACCAGCUCGGGCACCUUCCUGUCCUCAGGCAUGGACAAGACAGGCACCCUGAGGUCGGUCGAGGAGAAGAUUGCAGCGGUGACCGGCGUACCCUCAGCAUAUGGUGAGCCCUUCAACGUCCUGCGGUACGAGAAUGGGCAGCACUACCACUCGCACCUGGACGCCUUCCCUGAGAAGGACUAUGGACCGCAGAGCUCCCAGAGGAUUGCCACCAUGCUGCUCUACCUGACGGACGUGGAGGAAGGGGGUGAGACCACCUUCCUCCUGGAAGGAAAGGACGGCCUGGACCGCCUGCGCAACAUCGACUACACCAAGUGUGACACCGGCAUUCAGGUCAAGCCGCGCAAGGGCGAUGCCCUGCUGUUCUGGAACAUCAACCCCGAUGGCAGCCUGGACCAGCAUGCCCUGCACGGCGGCUGCGACGUGGUCUCCGGCCAGAAGUGGGCGGCCACCAAGUGGAUGCGGAACAAGUGCAUUGGGAUGGACUGCCCGAAAAGCCGCACCAAUGCUCAGUGA